AUGUCCCAAAAGAACACCUACGACUACUCACCCGCCUCACAGGAUGAGCUAGAUUCGACAUUCGACAAUGAAGACAUAUCAUCUUCCCCACGGCAGCGAUGCUGGUCACCAAAGGCUAUCUUCGCCAACGCUUUACUAGCCUUCAUCUCGAUCCUCUUCCUCUCUUUCGCCGUCUACCAAAUGCUCCGACCAAGCUCAUCCAGUCUACUAUCUCCAGAUAGUUUCUUCCCCUCAUUUCCAAAUGUGAAAAUGAAAUUCAUCGAGGGCGAACACAACGAUUUCAUGCGAUUCGAUGAGGUGGGCGACGCAGCGUGGAAUGGAAUGAUUCCGAACGGUGCCGGUUACGUGAAGGUAGAUCGUCCACGACGGUACGACAUGGAGCCCAGCGUACCAUAUGGUGUUGGCGACGAAGACGCAGAGGUAUAUCAAGCGUCUGUGGUACACCAGUUACAUUGCCUGGGCACAUUACGGCUCGUCCUUGCCGCAUACGCGCGAAACGAGCGCCUGGAGAACUAUUACGAUAGCGACCUACAUAUGCGGCACUGUCUCAACAUCCUGCGGCAAGGAAUCAUUUGUGCGGCGGACCCCACUCUUGCAUUCUCGAAGCCAAUGGGGAAGACAGAGGAUGGGUUGUUCAAAGCCAAAUUCACCAAUAUUGGCACUGUGCACACAUGUCGCAGUUGGGAUGCUGUUAAGAACUUUCUGGUUCAACAUCGCGCAAUGGACUGGAAUGGGACAGUAGGCACUACAUAA